GUAUCGAUCUACGCCCUCAGCGUAACACUCGAGAGUCAGUAAGGCACGGGAGGCGAACCGAGGGCGAGGAGCCGAAGUCCGCGGUCGAGGAAGUGAUGGAGGUGGAGGGUGUGUAUGGCUUUGCGGAGACUGACCAGCGGCCGUACCGGGGCAGUCGCUAGACUCCGGAGAAGGCGGUACAGGAGGGUCUCGCGGGAGGCGGAGGUCCAAACCAUCCCGGAGGUCGAGAAGAGGUCCGGCCUCAGGAAGCGGUACGUGUUGGUGUCUUGUGCAGCUAUAUUGGUGGUUUCUGCGGCUACUGCUUUGCUCACUUGGCAGCUAGCAGCCUAUCACCAGCCGCUUCCGCCACUUCUCCGAGAACCGCCGGAUCCAGAAGACCACCAACCACCCUCGCCCUCUUAUCAGCAUGUGUUCCGCCGCGCCGCUGUCUGCACUGAUGGCACCCCUUGCUCUAGGAUCGGCAGAGAUAUCCUGGCCAAGAAUGGUUCAGCAGUGGAUGCAGCUGUGGCCGCUCUCUUCUGCAACGGCGUUGUUAAUAUGCAGAGCAUGGGCUUGGGUGGCGGCUUCAUCAUGACACUGUAUGAACGAGCCACCAGGACCGGUCACUCCCUUGUUGCGAGGGAGACUGCCCCAGGCUCUGCCACCAAGAAUAUGUUCGAUCGCAACAGCACUCUGUCACGAGAUGGUGCUCUGGCAGCUGGGGUGCCAGGGGAGUUACGGGGAUACUGGGAAGCUCACAAGAGGUUCGGAAAGCUGCCGUGGGCCGAAGUCGUAGAACCUACUCUCCAGAUCUGCCGGGACGGAUAUCACAUGUCCAAGCAUCAGUCGGACGUUCUCAGCAUCCGUAGCUAUCUCAUCACCAGAGACCCGAAUCUCAGGGAGUGGUUUUUCAACAAGGGGACCGGUCAGAUGAACCCAGCAGGUAGUCUUGUGCGACCACGUCGACUGUGCGCAACACUGGAGGUGAUCGCGCGUGAAGGUGGGGAAGCUAUACACAAUGGCUCCCUUACACAAACUUUUGCAGAGGACAUACAGGCUCUGGGUGGUAUCAUCACGGAGGCCGACCUAAGGAAAUUCAGACCACUAUGGCGGGACCCCAUUACUGUUCGUCUCCAUGGAAACACACUGUACACAUCCCCGCCCCCAGGCAGUGGAGCUUUUCUGGCCUUCAUCCUCAACAUCCUGGAUGGCUUCAACAUGACUCAACACAGCAUGGACACUCUUGCCAACAUGACAGUCACAACACACCGCAUGGUCGAGGCUUUCAAGUAUGCUUAUGCACGGCGCACUGAGAUCGGUGACCCUGACUUCGUCAAUAUCACCCAGUACCUGAAGAAUCUAAUGUCAGACGAGUACGCAAACCAUAUCCGCGCCAAGAUCCUGGACAAUGAGACUUCAGAGCAGCCUGAGCACUACGGUGCAGUCUACUACAACCAGGAGGAUUCUGGCACGGCGCACAUCUCAAUCCUUGCCCCAAACGGUGAUGCAGUCUCUGUUACCAGCACCGUCAAUCUCUAGUUAGUAUUGUAUGUGCGUCUUUGAAAGAAAAUAUGUACUACCUGUGAAAACGACGAAAAUAUUACUAACAAUAAUAUUUA